CUGUUAGGCAAGUUGUCAGAUUAAUGUAAACACUGGGACCCUCUGAUUCCGGUCCGGCGACUUUACAUCCGUUUAAAAAUAGAUUUAUCUUGUCACUUAUUUAGUGAUGUCAUGUGUUAAGAUUGGUACCUCAAACUAAAGAACACUUGAGUUCAAUUCUCAACAAGGCAGCUUUACAGUGCAGUUUCGACCUUCAAAACAGUUUAUUCUUUGCCAAAAUAGAUGUUAUUGUCGUUUAGGCCACUAAGAUCAUCUUUCACCAGUUGGACAGUGGGGCUAGGGCUGCUGCCUUGUUGUGUCAACAUCUGGACGGGCCAUCCACAAAAGGAUAGAAUGGCAGACAGUAAAGAAAAAUCAGACAACCCAGAAAAAGUUGCAGAUGGCAUGUCAGCCCUGAAAAUUAAGCAAAUUGAAGAUGAAGUAGCAUCCAGUUACCUUCUUGUGGACAUUGGUGCUAAUCUGACAAAUUCAAAAUACUCCCGAGAUCUGGAUUCAGUAGUGGAAAGAGCAAAAGAUGCAGGUGUAAAGAAAAUUAUGGUGACAGGCGCUUCAGUUCAGUGCAGUAAGGAAGCUUUACGCCUAACCAGGUUGUACCCAGGAAUGUUGUACUCAUCAGCUGGCAUACAUCCUCAUGAUGCCAAGACAUGGACAGAUGACUGCUAUGAUGUGAUUAAAGAGUUGGCUAGCAACCCAGAAUGUGUUGCCAUUGGAGAGUGUGGAUUGGAUUUCAAUCGUAAUUUCUCACCACAAGAUGUUCAGAUGGAAGUGUUUGAGAAGCAGGUCCAAUUGGCUUGUGAAGUUGGCAAGCCGCUAUUUUUACAUGAACGUGACGCUCACGAUGAUAUGGUAAGGAUUCUCGGAAAAUUCAAAGAUCGCAUGCCUCCGGCAGUGCUUCACUGUUUCACGGGAACGACCGCCCAGGCGCUGAAAUAUUUAGAAAUGGGUCUUUACAUAGGAUUGACAGGUUUCCUGUGGAAAGACAAGUCAGACGACGGAGUACGAUCGAUCCUCGAAAAGGGACUUAUCCCUCUCGACCGAUUGUUAAUCGAAACAGAUGCCCCGUUUAUGUAUCCAAACGUCCGCGGGUCGAAAAUCCCGGCCAACAUCAAACAAGCCUUGAGCGACAGAUCCCUUUCGUUCUUGAACCGUUACUGCACCUUCCAGCGCAAUGAACCCUGUUCCUUGCCGGUAAUUGUCGAAAUGAUUGCAGCCUACAUGAAACGACCUGUGGAAGAAGUGGCCAUGGCCACGACAAUCAACGCCAUCAAGCUAUUCGGUUUCAGUUAAAAACUUGCCUUACACUAAUCCCUUCACUCGAGAAGACGACUAAGACAGCAAUAUGACAAUAAGGACGACUCUCUUUUUGAAAAUGGUUAAUGGAUAAAAAAAAAGGAAAAAUGUAAAAAAAUAAAGGAUGAAGAAUAUACUAUACAUUCAGAUCCACA